GACGAAUACAGGGGAGCAGCGCGGUCACUCUGCUACAAAGUCCUCGGCGACAUGGUGGAGGCCAUCAUAGGCGCUGUUUACAUUGACUGCGGUGGUUCCAUGCCGAUUAUUAUCAGCGUCAUCUACAAUCUCCUUGAUCGCGAAUUUGAUGUGUAUGGUCGUGACAUACCGGCUGAUCCGAUCCGUCGGAUGCACGAGAUGUAUCCACAACUGGAGAUUUCGUAG